AUGAAAGCAGAAGACAAGCGCAGCCGUGAGGUGUAUAGGCAGCUGCAGCAGAUGCAGUAUGAAUGGCCGUAUAUGAUAGAAGAGGAGAGAAGAGCGCAGCAGCAGCAGCAGCAGGAGCAGCAGCAGCAGCAGCUGCUGCUGCUGCAGCAGCACUGUCUCCUUCUUGUAUCUAGGAUAGAAACAUGCACACAGAGAAUCCAAACUCUGCUGCAGCAGCAGGCGUUUGCUGCUUGGUUUGCUGCAGCAAGAGCAGCAGCAGCAGCACAGCAGCAGCAGCAAGCUGCUGCUGCACUGCAGCGAGCAUGGAGAAGACAUGUGCAGCAGCAGCAGCAGAAAAGAGAGAGAAAGGCAGCAGCAGCAGCAAGACUAUCAUAUACAAUUGAACGUAUAAUAAUAAAAAGCAGCAACAGCAGCAGAAUGGUUGUGCUGCAGCAGCUGCAGCAGCUGCAGCAGCAAGCAGCAGCACAGCAGCAGAUGAAGAAUGCAGCAGCAACACGAAUAUCAGCAGCAUGGAGAGGCUACGCAUGCAGAAAGAAGUGGAAGCAGCAGCGGCUGCUGCUGCUGCUGCUGCUGCCGCAGCACCAGGCUGCAUAUCGUGGUUAUAGUGUCCGUCGUUUGCUGCUAGCAGCACACAAAGCUGUUGCUGCGCUGCAGCAGCAAAUCGACGCAGCACUGCAGCAGCUAGAUUCUCUGCCUGCUUCUCUCUCUCCUCUCUCUCCUCUUUCUCCUUUCUCUCCAUCCUCACACAGGGGGUGGGGGCCCCCCUGGGGCCCCCCAGGGGGCCCCCUUUGGGGGCCCCCAAGGGGGGCCCCCUGGGGGGGCCCCCCCUGGGGGGCCCCCAGGCUGCUGCCGCUACACCUGGGGCCCCUUCACUCGCUGCAGCUGCCGCAGCAAUUUACCUCUAGGAUUAGAAACAGCUUCGUGAGGUCACCGUCGCCUCCUGCUGCUGCAGACAGCAGCACGCAGCAGCAGCAGCAGCAGCAGCAGCAACAGCAGCAGCAACAGCAACAGCAACAGGAAGACAGGUCAAAGGAGCAGCAGAUGCUGCUGCAAGAGAAGGCACUGCUCAACCUGCAGCAGCAACAUGCAGCCGAAGCCACACACCAGCAGGCGGAGCAGCAGCAGCAGCAACAACAGCAGAUGCAGCAGCAGCAGCAGCAGCAGCAGCAGCAGCAGCACGGAGAAGUUGUCGUUGCUUCAACAACAGCAUUUGCUGCUGAGUCUGAGCGAAGGCCUCAGUGGGUACAAACACAGCAGCAGCAGCAGCAGCAAACUGCAGCAAGCAGCAGCAAUCAGCAGCAGCAGCAGCAGCAGCAACUGCAACAACAGCUUCUGCUACAGCAGGAGCAGCAACAGCAGCAGCAACUGCUGCCACCGAAGCGGCAUCCGCCCAUCCACCAGAAGCUGCAGCAGCAGCAGCAGCAGAUGCAGCAGAUACAGCAGCAGCAGGUGCAGCAGAUGCAGCAGCAGCAGCAGCAGGUGCAGCAGAUGCAACAGCAGCAGGUGCAGCAGAUGCAGCAGCAGCAGCAGCAGCAGCAACAGCAGCAGCAACCGCAGCAACAGCAGCAGCAGCAGCAGCACCCUGGUGGCGUUCUUCUGUCUCCUGGGGAUAGCCUGAUGGUUUCCCUCCCCGAGCGUAAUGUUGACAUCGACUUAACUAACCAGCCACAGCAGCAGCAGGAGCAGCAGCAGCAGCAGCAGCAGCAGCAGCAGCACGCAGCACCUGCAGCAGCAGCAGCAGCAGCAGCAGCAGCAGCAACACAGCUCACCCCUACAGCUGCAGCGUGCUCAGCCCCAUCACCUGCUGCUGCUGCUGCUGCAGCACCUGCAGCAGCAGCAGCAGCAGCAGCAGCAGCAGCAACACAGCUCACCCCUACAGCUGCAGCUGCUGCUGCAGCAGCACAGCAUGCAGGGGGAGGUGAUGCUGCAGCAGGAGCCUGUUAG